AUGCUGUCCACGUUCGAGGGCAUCGCCAAGAACAUCAACCUCAAGCCGAAACUGAGGACGAUCGACAAUGUCAUCUUCAAGCUCCACUACCGCAUCACUUUCCUCAUCCUGGUGGUGGCCACCAUUCUGGUGUGCAGCCGGCAGUACAUCGGCGAGCACAUCCGCUGCAUCUCCGACAUCAAGGGCGACGUGAGCAUCAAGAUGGUGGAGACGUACUGCUUCUUCAGCGCCACCUUCACCGUCGUGCGCCAUCUGGACGGCGAGGACGCGUCCUCGCGUCUGCACCCGGGCGUGGGGCCCUGGGCAGAGGCGGACGACGUGCUGCACCACGCCUACUACCAGUGGGUGCCCUUCGUGCUCUUCUUCCAAGCCAUCAUGUUCUACCUGCCGCACCUCUUCUGGCGCAAGCUGGACGGCGGCACGCUCUUCAAGAUGGCGCAGGCGCUGCACAACUACACGCUGGCGGCCGACGACCGCGCCCUCGACGUCAAGGACCUGCACAUCCCCACCAAGGGCGAGCGCGACGCGCAGAUCGGCGCGGUGCGCAGGGCGUUCGUGGAGCGCCUGCCCUACCUGCGCGGCUGGGCGCGCAAGCUCAUGCUGUGCGAGUGUCUCAAUCUGGCGAACGUCGUGGGGCAGUUCUUCGUGACGGACGCCUUCCUCGCCGGCCGCUUCGCCGGCCUGGGCGCGUCCAUCGUGGGCGGCAGCGACGUCGACAGCAGCCCGCUCGAUCAGGUCUUCCCCAAGAUGACCAAGUGCGUCUUCCGCAAGUUCGGGCCGUCGGGCACCAUCCAGAACUACGACGCGCUGUGCGUCAUGGCGCUCAACAUCAUCAACGAGAAGAUCUACGCCUUCCUGUGGUUCUGGUUCGUCAUCCUGUUCGUCGCGACCGCGCUGGGGCUGAUCUGGCGCGGGGUGACCCUGCUCCUCCACCGCCGCAGCGACGCCUUCAAUUUGUUCCUCUUCCGCAGCAGCAGCCCCGGCGCGGAUGAACAGUCUCUGCACGUCAUUUGCCGCAAACUCAGUUUCUCCCAUUGGCUCUUUCUGUACUACUUGGGGAAGAAUAUGGACGGGUUUGUCUUCAAAAAGCUGCUGAGCGUGAUCGCUGAUCACAUCGAUUCCGGGGUCAGCGCGUCCGCUCCCGAGGCGGGCCGGCUCUCGGAGGACGAGGACGACGACGAAGACGACGACAACCCGAAGAACUCGUCGGUGUCCAAAGAUUUGCUCGACAUAAUAUGA